AUGCAAAAACCUCCAAAGAACAUUGAAGAAUUCUUAAAGUUUCAAAAUUGGGAUUAUUGGCCAAGGGAAAUCCAUUUUGGAGAUAGUGAUGAAUGGUUACACACUGUGAAGAAAAUAAAAGAAGAUAGUUCAUUUACUUCAAUUUAUACACAUCUGUGGGAAACUGUCCCUCAAAAACAUGAUGCACUCAUGGCCAUGGAGUCAAGAUUAGGGGAAUGUUCAGUCCUUUUGAAAAGCCAUGCCUCUAAAAUAUUUGAUUGGAGGAGCAUAAUUUUUGAUACAAGUUCUAAAGGAAAUUUGGAAAGAUACAAGGCAUUUCUAAGGAAGUACCAUAGGAGAAAGAAGAUAAUGCUUUCAGAUGAAAUGGAGACAAAGAAGACUGUAGAGGGUUGCAGCUUCUCAGGAUUCAAAACAAAUGAGCUUACUCAACUACCCAGACAUUUGGAUGCUGAACGAAUUUAUCUUUUUAUUUUAAAAGCCCAUAACUUUGAUGAAAAGGUUUUCAAAAUCUGGAAGACCCAUUUUCUCUCAGAAGCCUCUAUUGCCCUUUUACAUGAUUCCUUUUGGUGGUGGUUUCUGCAUAAAUUUAAGCCUGACAGAGAAAAUCAAGAUUCCUUGUUCGACAGAAUUUCAGAAAGCUAUGUGAUACUUUUCAUGAGCAUCCCUACAAGUCGAAAAGAUGCAUUCCUUCAGGUGUAUCCUGACUGUUUGGCACAGGCCAUCUAUGCAACAUUCCAGGAAGCAUUUCCAGAAUCGAGUAAUUUUUUUAAUGAUGAAUUUAAAGAGGAUUUGGGGAAUAAUAUUUUUCUCUGGUUGUCAGGUAUGAGAACACAGCAGGGAUUUUGGAUUCAUUGGAAACUGAAAGAAUAUGUGACCACUAAAGUACAUUGCUAAAAGAAAAAAGCAUUAUGCCUUUUUGUAAAGGAAAAAAAAGCCAGAAUUUAAGAAAAUAUUUUGUUUUCUCUUUUAGCUAUAGACUUCAAUAUGACAAAAAUUUUAAAGAACCCAAGAGCAUAUACAAUGCCCACAUUCAAGGAAGAAUCAAGUGUAUCAAGACUAACAACAAAGUCCCAUUAUAUUAGCACUGGUCCAGAAUUUAACCGUGUGCUCUUCAAUUUUGGAGGUCAGAGUCCACUGAUUUUAUAUUACCUUAAGAUGCAUGAGUUGGCUGGUAUUUCCAAAGCCCCUAGACAAACCAAGAUUAAACUUACUGAAAUAUCACAAGAACCAUCACCUGCUCCAACUUACCGUGAUAUUAUAAAGGAGGCAAAAAGACAAUUUGCAAGGAACCAAAAGGAAUUUCGGAUACUCCAGGCAAAGGCUACCAAAAAACCUUACGAAGUUAAGAGUGACUUUGAGAAUUUCCUCCAUAAACUGCGUUCUGAAGCUCGAACCAAGAAAGAGUUUCUGGCAUCACUCUCAUCAUCAUCAUCAACAGAAGACUACAACUAUGAAGAAGAAAGUCAAGAGAAACCAGAAAUGAACUGUGUUUAAGAAUAUGGCAUACAAUGCAAUUGUAUCCUUUUAAUUGUAGCAGUAUGUUUAAUUCAACGCCAAUCCAUGGGGUCAGUAUCGAAUGUCUUUUAUCAUUCAUCUUAAAAAAAUCCUGAAAUCAAUAAAUCUCAGUAAAUCAUCCUUAAGAGAUCUGUCCAAGCAUAAUUUUGGCUCUUAUUGGUAGAAACAUAUUUUAAAAUGGAAAAAUAAUCAUUAUGAGGCAUAGAGAGCUUUCAACCAUUUCUUUGGAAAUACAUCUU